AUGCAAUAUCUUCUAUGCCCUCGGCCACGAGAUGUCCGGAUCAGACAUCGACGAACACAACCUGACCAGGGUGAUCUUCAACACCACAAGGAGCGCCAAGAACCUGGCAGGCAUCGUCGUGGGAGGCCGUGCAUGCGGGGAUCACUUCGCAAGCAUCUUGGCGGAUCCUAUGAAACAGCUCGGGCAGCCACUGAAGAGGACGAGGUGCUCAAGGAUGCGAAUGCAAAAGCUUAUUGUGUAUCUCGCAACAGAUAUUGGUUCACAUGCAUUGCGUUCGAGCAGCUGAUGACACCGCCUUCAACAGCCAAUACGCUCAUCUCGCACGCAUCGAGCACACCAACUCCGGCACCCUUGCCAGCGACAACACCGCUGCCGUCGUGGCCACCUAUGCCUCCGCCCGCAUCCAGCCCGGCUACACAACCUUUGCCGCCGCCGCCUCCACCGUGUAACACACAGCCGGAGCCAGCCAAUGCAACAAGUACACCGACGACAUCGGCAACCACGGACCCAGACCACUAUGAUACGAACCUUGUAUUCAAAGCAACCUUGAAGAGGACAAUAGAGCCAACAGCUUGGAGCCGUGCCAAAGGACUUGCAGGCAUGGACGUCCGUGAUGUCACAGUUGCACAUCUUUGCAGGCAUGGCAUGGAGGAAUUUGGACUUCGAGGACUUUCCCACGGCAAGUUCACCAGCAUGAUUCUGACCCGCAACAUCGCCGAGAGUGUCCUCCUCUCCCAGCUCCAGAAGAAGCUCCGCGAGAACAACAUUGACGUGGAUGCCACCAUCGACGCCAUCCACCAAAGCAAAGGACAAAAAGCCCCUGACAAGGUGAAAGAGGCCAUCACCUUUGUUGCACCCCUCGUCGACACCAUCAUGGAUGCCAUCAAACCUUGGGCGCAGGUGCGCAACUACGGCGCCAAAAACACCGAGGGCGACAACCAAGCAGCACAACGCAUGCAAGCCUUGGAAGAGCAGACCGCCAAGUACAAACAACGCCUACGCAGUGCCGGCAUCGACGUCACCCCCCAAAAGUCCCUUCCACUGCAAAAUGAGCCAAAUGAAGGCCCAGAAGCAACGGCGGCACCACCAAAGCGCAGACGUCUCACAAAGGGAGCCAUCAAGCAGCGCAAUGAGGACAUCCUCGCCGAGCCCCACAAUGUGAUCCGUGCCAGUGGACAAGAGCCUCCGACAAGUAUGACAUCAAUUGCAACUUGGAUCACCAACCUCAAGAAGAGUCUCCCCAGAGACAAGCAUGCGGAAGUGGAUAAUCACAUACAGUCCGUGCAGACCAUCCUCGAAGGCGCCAAAUACACCAAGGCAGAACUACAGGAGAUGGCUACGAGAUGGGGACUUCCCAUGUCUCUCACUACAGCGCCAAAGGCGUCACCCAAAAACCUUCAGCAGCUGAUCGCCGCCGUCACCUACCUCGCCGUGCUCAACAAGCAAACCUAUGCGACUGCUACCAGGGACGCAUCAUUUUGCUACAUCGGAUCCACCAACAUCACGGUGGCCAAGAGAGAGUACAACAGAGUCGCAAAACUUCGUCAACUACAACAACUAAAACUUCCCAAAACCGAGAUCGCCAUUCGUUAUUGGAACGAUUCCCAGACCUACCAGCACUACAGCACCAUCCUCCUUUCGCAGCACUCGGAGUAUAUUGACGCCUGGGCCGAAGAACACAGCCUGAUUCAGAGAUGGCAGCCCAAGCUGAACUACCCUUUUGUCACGAAGGAGCUGGUCAAGAAGGCGCAUGGACAGAGAUCCUCGCUUGUCAAUGCGCUCCCCAAGCAGGCGCAAUUCUGGAAGCUCUUGUACGCUAUCUCAAGCGACACCAAGCAAGAAUUUGAGGCCUCCAAGGAGCUACGCAGUGGAAAACAUGACUCCGAAACAGUUACCCUGCUCUACAGACUCGCCAACCACAUGGAGGCAACGCACCCCUCUCUCGAGCGCGCUCUGUGGAACCACAAGCGGAAAGUCACCGAUAUGGGCAGACACUGGAAGCCUACAGAAUGUCAGUGUGCCCAAUUCAUCAAGCAACAUCCGCGAGCACAAGUACACGAAGGACAUGUGGUGACGGGCUUAGAAACCUUACAACUACACAGCACAAACCAGAUCUUUCAGAACAUUGGGGCCGGGAACGCCUUCUACUCCCCCAAGAAGCGUAUCAAGAAGCAGCACCAAGAACAAUUUCAGCGAUGGCUCAAGCACCACCAAUUUCCUCGAGAUCAACGCAUCCUCGACGACUUUGACGACUUCUUUGAGCAGGAGUGGAAGCAACACAGACUACAACUUCAACGAGAGCCACGACUCACGCACAGAUUAGCAAAGAACAUAUUGGGCAUGAUCCCUGAUGACUACAUUGUGCACAACGAGGACCACGCCAACGCGCACCUCAUGAUCUACUGCCCGAACAUCUACAACCAAGCAGCCUACAACACUUGGAUGGACAAACAAACAUUCAGAAUGCUAGAUGCCGACCCAGCCGAGAUCAAGCAGGCCAUGAAAAACAACACCCCCAAGAUCGUCGCCAAGCACUAUGCCAAGCUCCUUGACUACGCAAAGCCUCUUCCGUAUGGAUAUAUCCUCAUGAAACGGAAAAAGAGGUGGGCGAAAGGGAGGACUAUUAUCGCGUAUAGCAAUACGUGCAUCGGCAAACUGCUGAAGAUCGCGGCGCUAGCAUUACACCAGAUGUUGAGGAUAACAUGGCCCAACCAUUUUGGCGACGUCAGCUCGCCACAACUAUGGGAGGAAAUACACCAACUCUUCUACAACAACGAGCACCUGUACCCGGAGAGGCACUUGAAAUUUCUCAACCACGAUCUGGUCGGCUUCUUUAAUUCGAUACCACAAUCCGACAUCCUGCAGAGCAUCCAAUUCCUCACAUCUCAGUUCCUUGACGAGCAUAACGCCACCAUCACCGUCGAUCCGUACAACAAGAUCGCACCAGCGCAUUCAGGCCGCUCAACGCACAGCCUGAAGUCCAACAUGGUCAAGAUGCAGGCAGAGCACAUACCAGCCAUCAUUCAGUUCAGCUUCGACGCGUGUGCUUUCACAGCCAUUGGCGAAGUCUUCCAACAGACAUGCGGCAGGUCGAUGGGAAACCAAAUCAGCCCCAUCCUCUCCACGUGCGCAAUCGUGGCGACAGAAAUCACAUGGCUGCGGAUGUACGGCCAAUUUGUCAGCAGCGCCCACCUCCACGACAAGUUCUGGAUCCGCAGGUACGUCGACAACAGAGCCAUUAUUGUUGAUGAAGACGAACUUCAGCACAACCCCUUCAUUCAGCAGCUUGCGUCCCUGCACUUCUACAAGAAACCAGUACAACUUGAAGACGAAGCGUGUGACGAUUUUCUGGGAUUUCGCAUUCACGCAGACAAUCGCAAAAUCACGUACAAUCUCCACCGCGAGCCUUGGAGAUACAGACUCCCUCAGUCAGCCGGAACUACAAAGUUACGCCUCAGCGGAUAUCACAGCAGAAAGCAUCUCAUCCGCACCAUUGCCUACCCGGAAGAUGUAGCCCAGAGACAAAUUCAAGAACUGGACGACCUCUACAAGCUCACCGACAUCGAUACCGACUCCGAGGCCGCAGAAUACAUCGUCAGAUUACCACAUGGACUACCACUGGACAUGAGUGCGCCCGAAAGUUCAACAGCAAAAGAUGAUCCAGUCGAGCAAGAAUGCCAACUACUCCUCCAACAAAGAUACAUCCCCUUCGAGAACUCCGAAUUCCUCCGAGCUUCAGCACUUACCAAAGCAGGCAGAAGAACAACGGCAUAUACAGUCGGCGCUUUCUACCAUGCCGGCAGCACCGGAGUACGCACAAACACGAGGCAAAGACCGUGGACGGCAGCACUCAUGGCCUACCUGGUACGAGCAUGCACCCACACUACAUUCUCGACUGUAUCGUUACUCCGCAAUGUGCACAUGCGUACGCACCGAGACAAGUACAACAAGCCAGGAAGCCUCAACAUUGUGAUUCCAGUCUCGACUUUCCGACAAGGACACCUAUGGGUUGAAGAAGACGACGGACCUGACCUAUCCCCAAAUGGACAACAUCGCGGUCACAACCUUGAAGUCAAACUACCCGGAAUCGAGUUCAGUCCAUUCAAGCUCCAUGGCACGUGCCCAUGGAAAUCAGAUCGCCUGAUCAUCUCGGCCUACACCACCAACCGCAUCGAGGACAUUUGCAGAGAAGACAAACGCUACCUUCGCAUGCUUGGCUUCAACCUCCCAUAA